GAACUGCCCUCUCCAUCGGGCGUUCUAUAAAAUGGACUUUCACUCAAAGAGGCAGAGAGCAAGCAGACCUGACUGCCGAUGCUGGAGAGACUCCGGACCUGAGGAACCUGAAGAACCCGAGAUCAAAGGUACAGGCCAAGUGACUGAAGUUUCUAGAAACUGAUACCUGCCUUGUUUCAGAUUACUUUAUUGAAAGCCUCUUUGUAAACUGACCAGUUGGCUGGAGGUCCCAAUUGUUGAUUUCUGCAAUCAAAAAGAACCACCACAAGUCGACCAAUGCAAGACAUGAUGUCCCAGUUCUUCUCCCUUAUUAUAGGAAGGAAAAAGAAAACUGAUCCACAACCAAACUCUGAUCAGAGCCAACAGGUGCGCUUCUCAAAUCACCUUUCUGAUGGAGAACUCUGUGCAGUAGACGCCCGAAAGACUCAUGCCGCUCAAGCCCUGGGACGACUACUGGGAAGAAAUGUCUCCAAAAGUGAGGUGCCCACCGUCGCAGUCCUGGGCUCUGGAGGGGGUCUCCGUGCCAUGAUUAGCUUUCUGGGCUCGAUGUCAGGAUUCCACGAGGCGGGAUUACUGGACUGUGUGACGUACCUCUGCGGAGUGUCAGGAUCCACAUGGGCAAUCAGUUCAUUGUACGAAAAUGCGGAAUGGUCCAGUGACUUUGCUGCCACAAUUAGUCAAAUAUGUAGUAACCUUGAGGAUGCAAAUUUUGAUUUUGAUGAUAUCAUCGAUGUCCUCAAGAGAGAAGAGCAUCUCCUGAAAAGGCUGGAGGCAGCUGCUUACAAGGAAGACUACUCAGCCACAGACCUCUGGGGAACGGUGGUUAGCAGAGUUCUUGGAAAGGAACACAAUCAAAAACUUUCAAAGCAGCAAGAAGCCGUCAAGAAUGGGCACAACCCCUACCCGGUGUACGCCGCCAUCAAUAAGGAGUACUUUGACUGUGACAAGAAGAAUAAACACCCAGAGAUCUGGUUUGAAUUUACACCAUAUGAAUGCGGGUUCCCAAGUUAUGGAGCAUUUGUUGAAACCAAGUUGUUUGGGAGUAAAUUUGAGGGGUCGGAAAUGAAGGAGUAUCAUCCUGAACCAAGUGUGUAUUUGCUGCAAGGUUUGUGGGGCAGUGCAAUGGCAGACUUGAAAACCUUAGAGAAAUAUGUCAUCGAGAAACUGCAUCAUUUAUCACCAUCGUCACCGCCAUCGUCACCAUCGUCACCGCCAUCAUCACCAUCAUCACCUUCAUCUCCGUCAUCACCAUCUAAAAAAGAGCCACAACAGCAGAGUGAGGGAGACAUUAAAUUUGAAGAUACGAAUUGGCAAGAACAAAGUGAGCGGCCUUCAGAUGAAGAAGAAUGUCAAAGGGCCAUACCAGGUACUAAAUUUAUCCAUAUGGUAGCUAAGACAGCUGAAGUCAUCACACGUUGGAAAUUUGGAACGAAAUUCAAUUACCUUUACCAGUGUGAACAGUUCAAGAAACAAGAGAAGAAAAAGAUUUUUGCCUUCAUAGGCAACACUUCUAGUCAAGACCCGAAGCAUGUGGGACAUAAUCCUUUUGUUUCUCUGGUGGAUGCUGGUCUGGAGAUAAACACCGCCUACCCACUGAUGCUGCGUGCAGAACGCAAAGUGGAUGUCAUCAUUUCUCUAGACUUUAGUGAAGGCGACUUGUUCGAGACCCUGAUCCAUGCCACAGAAUAUGCAAAAGUCAAUUGUCUCCGUUUCCCUCCUGUGAAUAUUAAUAAGAAUCUUCCAACUGACUGCUGCGUGUACAGCGACCCAGUGACUCCAACAGUUAUUCAUAUGCCACUGGCAAAUUCCGCAAAUGUAAACGAAAUGAACAUGUCUGAAUUUCCCACCAAGAAAAUGAAAUAUAACAAAGCAGAAAUUGCCAAGCUGUACAAGGAGGCUAAAAAUAACAUCACCCGGAACAAAACUAAAAUACUGGAGGAAAUCAAGAAGAAGAUGCAUUCUUUAUAAUUUAAAAAGGCAAAAUAGAGACAAUAACUGUAAAUGAACUCAUGUCAAGUCACUGUGUAACGUACCACACUGCACCCUGAAUUAACCUAGAAAGUGAUCGUCUUAUGGAACUCAGCAGAAAUAAUCAAAGAGCGUACAACCAACACCACUUCUCUACUUACCACUAGUUUCACAGAAUUAUCCAUCCAUCCAUUAUCUAACCCGCUAUAUCCUAACUACAGGGUCACGGGGGUCUGCUGGAGCCAAU